AGUCGAUGACGGCGGCCCCAUUCGGACACUUCGGUCAGUGUUCGUUUGCUGCCCACCGAGACAGAUCGGGGAGAAAAAUAGCCGAGUGCGCCCUAGUGCUAUAAAAGGGGGGAGAAAAAAGUAUUCAAAACGUUGUUGGCAGUAUAUAAACACUGGCCACUGCUGCUGCUGUUAGCAGUGUGACAACGCUCUCCGACUGUUUCUGUUUAUGACUGUCUACUAGGAGCCAAGCUUGGGCUCGCCUCUCUCUCUCUCUCGAAGCACGAGGUGGUUGACACUGGUUGUGGUGUGGCUUUUGGUGUCUUUCGAUCCGGUCGCGAGAUUGGAGAUCAACCCUAACUGGCAACUGUCCAGACGACCACCGCGAUGGGCGCCGGCGAAACUCAGCAGCAUCAAGCUGUCAAACCCGCUCCAGCAGCCGACAAGGAGAAAGACUACGAAGCGAAGCUGAACCGGAGCUUGAGAUGGGGUCUGGUCUUCUGCACCGGAAACCUGGUCUACGGAUACUCCAUGAUCAUCCCCCACCUCCCUCCCGAUGCCCGCCAAAACGACUGGCUCCUAAUGAAGUCUCCCCUCCCGACGUAUAUCGCCAGCUUCCUGUACGUCAUCGGCGUCACUUGGCUAGGACCUAGGCUCAUGAAGAACAGGGAGCCCUUCUCCAACCUCAGGCUCGUCAUGGUGCUGUACAAUGUGAUCCAGGUGAUCUACUCGGCCUACCUGGUGUGGGAGAUCGGAAUGGGAGGAUGGUUCAACUCGUAUUCGUAUACGUGUCAGGGCUGCGACUUCUCUGACAAUCCACAGGCUGUCAGGAUGCUGCAUGGUUUUUACUGGUACUACUUCUCCAAAUUCGUCGACUUCAUGGAUACGAUCUUCAUGGUCCUUCACAAGAAGUAUGACCAAGUUUCCGUCCUUCACGUGAGCCACCAUGCCCUCAUGCCCGUCAGCAUGUGGUUCGGAGUACGCUUCCAGCCAGGUGGUCACAACACCCUCAUGGGUCUGCUGAAUUCUAUCGUCCACACCGCCAUGUACGCCUACUACUGCCUGGCAGCCAUGGGACCCAAGGUCCGACCAUACCUCUGGUGGAAGAAGUAUUUGACUUCCAUGCAAAUUCUCCAGUUCACCAUCGUCAUCCUUCACGCAUCCCAGCUAGCCUUCAUCGAGUGCAGCGCCGUACCUCCACGCAUGACCCAAUGGGUAGCCGUCAACGCCCUGAUGUUCUUCAUCCUCUUCGCCGACUUCUACACCAAGUCCUACAAGAAGAAGCCCCAGGAUAACGGCGUCACCACCCAGGUCAUCAAGAGCUUCAGCAACGGCUUCAGCAACGGCAUCGCCACCACCAGCAGCAACACCCAGCUGCUGCCGGCGGACAUCCCCAAGGGCGUCUCCCGCAGGAGGGGCGUGCCCAACGGCGUAGCCGACACCACUUACAAGACCAUCGAGCUGUGCGAGAAGAUGGCUUUCAAAACGCAGCGAGGCGCCAUUUUAAUUUACGGAGUCAAAGGUCAGAAUAUGGGGGCCCAGGAUAAGCCUGACAGUAGAGAGGCGAUUCAUCUGAAGAAGUUCCAGCCACUUGCUGAACAACCCACCAGUCUGCCACCGACGCAUAAAGAUGAGCUGAAACUGAGAGAGCUGCAAUCAAACGGAAGAUGGGCAGCUGCCAUUACCACGAUGUGUUACUUCUACGGCAACAUGUCGGUGGCUGCCCAUUUGCCCAAGGACCCGAGACAAGCGACGUGGCUCGUCUCGAAGUCACCGCUGCCAACCCUGGCGAUGUGUCUCGCGUACUUGGCCGUCGUCACGUGGUUAGGGCCGAAAUACAUGAGGAACAGACAGCCAGUCAGGGGUCUCAGGGUAGCCAUGAUGAUCUACAACGCCUUCCAGGUUAUCUUUAACUUCUGGAUUUUCUUCGGGGCCGCAGCCAACGGAUGGUUGACCACAUACUCUCUCUUCUGCGAGCCUUGCAACUUCUCCAGCCAAUCAGAAAACGCCGUUGGGUUCUUGCACGUGUCGUACUGGUACUACAUAUCCAAAAUAGUCGACUUCAUCGACACCAUAUUCUUCGUGGUGCACAAAAAGUACGACCACAUCUCACUCCUUCACGUCAGUCACCACGCUCUGAUGCCCGUCAGCACUUGGUUUGGGCUUCGAUACCAGCCUGGUGGCCACACUACCUUCAUGGGCUUUUUGAACUCCUUCGUGCACGUCGUCAUGUAUUCGUACUACCUCCUGGCAGCCAUGGGCCCACGAAUCCGCCCUUAUCUCUGGUGGAAGAAGUACAUCACCACCGUUCAGAUGGUGCAGUUCGUCGCCAUGUUCCUGCACUCCUUUGUGCCCGUGAUCUUCCUGGACUGCAACGUGCCCCACGAAAUCACCCGCUGGGUGGGAGCAUUGGCCUUCGUCUUCCAGAUCCUCUUCACGGACUACUACAUCAAUGCCUACCAGAAAAAGGGGCUUCCUUUCGAGAUGUGCAAGCUCCACUCUGACUUCUCCCAGAGCCAGUCGCCGAACGUUUACAGAACCCGCGAAGCUGUCCCUCAGGACCCGAGUCCUCUGACAGGCGCCAUUAGGAAGGGAAGCGUCGGAUCUACUACUACCUGCGGCGUCAACGAGCCUCCUCCACUAGAGGACACCCUGCGCAGGAGAUCACCCGUGGAGACCGUGUCUUGAUCUGGGGCGUUUAGUCGCUGUGUUAAACUGUGGCUGUUGUCGUUUAUAACUAUCGGUUAUACAAAGGUAUAUUCGGUCCUGUUGAAAACGUAUGUUUGUUUUUAAAAACGAAAUAAAAUCUUGUAUUACUCGAUCGGAGAGAUAUGAGAAAUCGGAAUAUGAGCUACUUACGACAAAGUGAAACAAGUAUCUAAAGACAAAGGGUUAUCAGGCUAUGUACGUCCAUACUGUACAUAACCGCUUACAUAAUACAUAAUUUGCGUCAGCGUGUGUGUAUAUUAUAAGGUGUAACAAUUACUACAGAAUUUAUGUUCUUUCACUACAAAUAAUUCGCUCCGUUCUCUGCUAACCAUGAGUCCAGUACAGAGGUCUGCUUUCUUUCAAAGCAGAGAACAGGAUCUUUGGCUUUUAGAUUGUAGUCUAAGCCUGCGCAUUUGAUUAGUUUGACCAUGAAGUAUCAAACAUUGACGUGAGAUCGAAUUUAUAUUUCAUUAUAAAGGCAUCUUAUCAUUCAUCAGUUGCUUAGUUUUCUUAUCGUGUGUAUGAGAUGUUUUGGCAAUGCCUUCUCAUUAUUAAUUCGAUUUCAUCAGCUGUUUUGUGCUGUGCCAUGUGUGUUAAUAAAGCAAUGUUAAUAUGA